AUGUCUCUUGUACAACGUUACUAUACUUGUGAAGUGUGUAACAACACACAGAAUAACUGUGAAUCGUGCCAUUGCUGUGGUUCAAAAGCACUUCACGAAGUGCUUAGUAAGACUUUUACAUCCGAUCCACUCCCGCAGUCUGUAUGUAUGAACACCAAGAUUGUCAUAAUUGGCGGAGGCAUCGCUUCGCUUGCAACGAUUCGACAGCUGGUCUUAAAUGGGAUGAAGAACAUCACAUUGAUUUGCAAGGAAGAUACUAAACCAUAUUAUCGAACGACAAUACCAAAAGUCCUUGGAGACCCCAAUUUUGUUAACAAGGAGCAGUUUAUUCUUGAGAAGGAUUGCUUCUAUGAAAAGAAUGAAAUUAAUACACUCAUUGGGUGGACUGUGGACAACAUCGAUAUGAAGGAGAAGAAAAUACUUUGCAACAAAGGAGAAGAAAAGAAGGAAAUUCCAUUCGACACACUUGUCUUUGCAAAUGGAGGGGAACCUAAUCGACCACCUUUCAUCAAAAACACAACGGUGAAAGAUGUAUUCCCAAUUCACACACUCACUAACAUCAAUGGGAUGAAUGAGUGUUUCGCAAAUAAAACAGUCAAGAACGUCGUCAUUAUUGGGGGAGGUCUUUGUGGAAUUGAAAUUGCUGUUGCUAUGAAAAGAAAGCACAAGGACGUUGGAAUUGUCUUGGUGGAAAUCGCGAACAGAAUUCUUCCAAAACAACUCUCGGUCGAGGCUUCGGCACUUUUCGAAGAGACGUUGAAACAAAAUAAUGUUGUUCUGAAAACAAGUUCAUGUGUCUCUUCCAUCAUCGAAAAAGAUGACAGAAUUUGCGUUGAGUUGCAGGACAAGGAAAUAUUGAUGUGCGACAUGGUGUGCUACUCGUGUGGAGUGUCCCCAAACAAAACACUUGCCGAGAAAAUUGGCUGUGCUGUGAAUAGGGGGAUUGUUGUUGAUGAGCGGAUGCGAACAAGUUUGAGUGAUGUGUAUGCGUGCGGCGAUUGUUGUGAGUACAAUUCGUGUUGCUUCGGCAAUUGGACGGAUGCAAUGAAGCAAGGCACUGAGUGUGCAGACACCAUUUGUGGGAAAGACAGCAAAUUUGUUCAUACCCCUAUGCCAUAUUUCGUUUUCUGCUUCACAAACGUCUUUUCUGUGGGGCAGAUAGUAGGUGACGCUGUUACUAAGAAAAGCGGAAAAGACUUUGUUCAAAUAUUCAGACAAGAUGGUGUGAUUGUGGGUGGUGUGUUACUUGGAAAGCCAGUUAUCAAGGUUCAAAGACCUCUGAUAGCAGCCGUAGACAAAAAAGUGGGAGGUGCCGAGGCGCAAGCACUGAUCGACGAGUGGAUGAAUUUCUAA